AUGUCGAGCAUUUCAGCACAGAUCGGUUGGCAUCGAAAUGGCCCAUUGACGGGAGACCACCGUACAGCCGUCGAUCCCGAUGCAGGGGUCGACAUGGAGGUGUCUGAGCAUCUGGUUGUGGAUCCCGUAAGCUCUAUGGAUCCCUCUGCUGUGGGCCGUGCUGGCUCCCUUUGCAUGGAGAACCCCUUCCUUCACGCCUCGUCUCCCGCUUCGUUCACUCUCCAAAGUCUGGGGGAGUCCCAGGCACGUCUCUUGCAGCCUGUUACUCCUUCUGCUGCGUGGCUCGCUUCAAUGAAACCUCCCAACACCAAGAGCCAGGCCUCAUCGGACCACCUGUCAAAACCUUCUGCUCUGAGCGUCUUGGAUUGCAGGUGCCCCAGCUGGGUCCCUGAGCAGGCUCUGCUUUCCGCAGCCGAGGCCAAGACAUCUUUGUCGUAUUUUCCUUCCUCUAAACCGAAUCCUCUCUGGUUGGAGAACCCAUUCCUGAAGGAAGCCGCCCUGGCUUCUCUCACUCUUCAGGGGUUAGAGGAGUCCAGAGCUCGCCUGCUGCGUCCCGUCGUGUCCUCUGCUCCGCUGCGAUCCUCACUGAACACUUCAAAUACACAGUUCAGUUUCCCGCUGGGUCCACUGGAUGUCUCUGGCACCCUGACGUCUACGGAAUGCAGUACACAGAAUGAGGCUCACGUACCCUGCUGUGCACUGGAGCAGCUGCAACUUACGGCCGAGGGAGAGGGGGACAAGGUAGACUCAGCCGGCGUGAUGCCAGCAUACGUCCUGACAGUUCCCGAGGAUGCGCUGAAAGAACAGCCGACCGAGAGAGACUCCUUUGACCACGAGAUGACAGUGGACAGCCAAGAGCAGGAAGUGAGAAUGCACAAGCUGACGUUGUUGAACCUGGUUUGCUGUUCGUUGGUAGAAGGUCCCACGUUUGGGAGCUCCGCAGGAGAGAUGCAAAAGGCUCUGGAAGGAGUGUGUGAGAAGCUAGCAGAGUGUGAACCUGAAUUUAUCCUCAAGGUUGCCUUGUAUGCUCGCCAGGAACUUAACAUCCGCAGCACAGCUAACUUUCUCCUGGCCCUGUCUUCCCGCCUCCCACCCUGCCGUCCACACCUGCGGCGCUAUUUCAGCCACACCGUGCAGCUGCCCUCUGACUGGAUGGAGGUGGCUCGGCUAUACCAGAGCCUAGCAAAGACUGAUACUCUGGCACCUUUGCCUUCCUGCCUCCGUGCUGCAAUGGCUGACAAAUUCCGGCAGUUUGAUGCAUACCAGUUGGCCAAAUACAACACCCAGAAGAGCCGUGGGAAAAAACAUCAUCGGCCAAAAGCCAAGAAGCAUGAGAAGCUCUUGGAGUCAGCCACGGAACACGUGGCAACCCCCAGGGAUCUUUUCUCUCUCAAGGCUUUGAUCCGGCGCCUUCAUAUUUCUGAGCCGGCCCAGGAUGUGAUGAGUCUCCUGGGACGCAAGUACCCUUCAGACUUGCACACCUUCUCCCGAAGUCGCCUUCCGGGACCCUGGGACUCGGCACUGGCCGGCACCCGCAUGAGACUUCCGAGACCACGCACUUGGGAGCGGGAGCUGAGCCAGCGGGGGAACACUGCUCAAGCCUGGGAAGAGCUGAUCGAUGCAGGGAAGCUGCCUUUCAUGGCCAUGCUGCGUAACCUUCGCAGCGUCCUGCGGGUCGGAGUGAGCGAAAGGCACCACCGACGCCUGCUGAGUCGUCUGGAGAACAAGGAGUCCGUGAUCCGCAGCAGGCAGCUCCCAUUCCGAUUUCUCACUGCCUACAAGGUCAUCCAGCAGCUGGAGGAAGAGCUUGACCCCAAAGGGAAACCCUUGCCUUCCAACGGAGAGAUCAUUAAAAAGGUCCUGAUGGAGGGUGGAAUGUUGGAUCCAGAUAUGCCGAAAAAUCGUUGGACCCGUAAGAAUUUACGCCGCUGCAUGGAAAUCCCGGUUAUCUUCCGGUUGGUGAAGUGCGAGAAGAGGAAACUGCUGAAGUCCAGAAAACGGAAUUACAGCCAUGUCAUCCUGCAGUGGUAUCGUCAGGCUCUGGAAACAGCCAUUGGCUUUGCCGUGCAGCACAACAUGCCCCCCAUCCCUGGCCGCACCCUCAUCCUGAUCUCCUGCCGCGAAGACAUGAAGAAACCUUACAUGCGGGCCCGGGGUCUCUGCUGCCCGACUGCUGAGCAGAAGGACAAAAACAAACCCAUGACGAAACUGGACGUGGCCUUUUUGCUGGGCUCCAUGGUGUACUCUGCCUCUGAGCAGGCCCAGCUGCACCUCUGUGAUCAGGCAACCAUCAGGGGUCCUGUCGCCAUGACGGGAGCUGUGCUGAAGGAUGUGCAUCACCUGCAAACUCAGGAGAUUGGAUAUGACAACGAUGGACAUAAUAAAAUCAUGGUUGGUGAUAUCAUCAUGGACCUCACUUCUCGACACCAGCAAGUGGACAGGAUUCUCUUCCUGAGCACAUAUGAAGACUGCCUAUCCGAUUACAAAUGCAUCUGUCUCUAUCGCCGUCAUGUGGGACCCCACUUCCUCAUAAUCAACGUCUGCUCCCGUUUCCUAGUGCCAAGGCCUUUUGAUUCCACUAUGGAGGUACUGAUGCGUGGAUUCAACGAUCAUGUCCUCAGGUUCAUGGCUGAAUGUGGCAGUUCCCGGUUCCUUGAGCACGUUGGGAAGAUUGACGAGAUCCAUGGCCUACUGGAGCCACGGAGGGCAGUGAUGGCAAAACCGGAAGCAGGAGGUGAACCCUUGAUAUCCGCUCCCAAAAGCAGGUGGCGCUCGGUAAAAGUGUUUGUCUCUUCCACCUUCCGGGACAUGCACGGGGAACGCGACCUGCUUAUCCGCUCCGUCUUCCCUGAAUUACGAGCCCGUGCAGCCCAAUUCUGCCUGACAAUAGAGGACAUUGACCUGCGCUGGGGGAUCACUGAACAGGAGGCCCAGACAAACAAGCAGCUGGAACUCUGUUUGUCAGAAGUUGCACGAAGUCACCUGUUCAUUGGGAUCCUUGGUGAGCGGUACGGCCACAUCCCUAGAGAGUAUUCAUUACCGGAUGAGCCUCACUAUGAGUGGCUGAAGUCAUACCCGGCAGGCCGCUCCAUCACAGAGCUGGAGGCUGUUCAGUUCCUGAACGGUUACAAGGAUCCAUCAGCCAAGUCCAGGGCCUUCUUCUAUCUCCGAGAACCAGACUUCCUUGGGUCGGUACCUGAAGCGUGGAGGGCAGACUUUGCAGCUGAGUCAGAAGAGGCUAAGGACCGGAUGGUGGAUCUGAAGGAGCGUCUUGAAAAGCACGAGGCUCUGGCCUCGGUUGGCAGGUACGCAUGUCAGUGGGGUGGAGUAGCCCAGGGCCGGCCCUAUGUCAAAGGUCUUGAGGAAUUUGGUGCCAAAAUCUUGCGGGAUUUGUGGGAAAGCCUCUUUCACCACUUUAUACAGGGAGACAGUUCCAAGGUCGACGGUGAGUCGGAGGAGCCAGAAGAAAGUAUCUUGCAGGAGUCUUUCCAGGAGUUGCAGCAGAAGAGAUUCUGUGCCCGGUCAAAGCUUCUCCGUGCCACGGCUGCCCAGCUGUGUGGAGGCAGCAUCUGUGUUGUGAGUGGCGAAUGCGGACAAGGCAAGACCGUCUUCUUGGCAGCCCUGGCCCAGGAGCUCCGAGCAAAGGCCCCGCGCCAUGGAGACCCCGUUCCUGCUUACCACGUUGUGGCUCACUUCACGCGGGCCCAGCCCGAUCAGGCCAACGUCCAGGUCGUGUUAGGACAGCUCUGUGCCCUGCUGAGGAAGCUGGUGAAGCAGCCCCCGGCCCCGCCCACAAGCUACAGGGGGCUGGUGGUCCAGUUCAACUCCCUCCUCCAUUCUGUGGGCCAGUCGCUGAAGCAUCGGCAGACUCUGGCGGUUCUGAUCGACGGUGCUGACCUCAUCCAUGCAGCCGGUGGGCAGCCCGUCUCUGACUGGCUGCCUGAACAGCUGCCCCAGCGAGUCAGCCUCAUCCUCAGCGUCUCGGAGGAAUCGUCCCUCCUCAGGUCCCUCAAGCGACGGAAGGAGGUGACUGUCGUUUCCCUGGGGCCUCUGGACUCCCCUGAUCGGGCGGUCAUGGUCCGUAAGGAUCUGGCACUGUAUGGCAAGAAGCUGGAAGAGUCCGCCUUCAACAACCAGAUGCGCCUCAUACUUCUCAAACGUGGCUCCCGGCAGCCUUUGUACCUGAUGCUGCUGACGCAAGACCUGCGGCUCUUUGCUCUGUAUGAGAAGCUCUCGGAGAGGAUCCAGAAACUGCCUGUCUCUCUCCCUCUGCUGCUGCAGCACCUGCUGGGGUGCCUGGAGCAGGACCAUGGGGCGGAGCUGGUCGCCGUAGCCUUGGUGUCUCUCUGGGCCAGCAGGGAUGGACUAACCGAGCGAGAUCUCUAUGGCAUCCUGGCUACAUGGAAAGAGCUGGAUGGAGCCGACAUAGGCCUGGGAGAAGCCAUUCAUGCCGGGAGACAUGCUGGAGGCUACCCCAUGGCGCCCUUCUUCGACUUCCUCCGGAGCCUGAAGGGGCUCCUCAGGGCAUGUGGUUCUCCAGCAGAACAUCCCGGUUCCCGGCUCCAUCUCUAUGACACCCCUUUGAAGAUGGCGGUGGAAAGGCGCUACCUGAAAAAGCCAGGCUUGGACCGCACAGCUCAUGUGCUUUUGGCAGCCCACUGGUGGAAACUCUCCGACCCCGAUGGUUCCAGGAGCUUUCGGAACUGUGAGGCAGAAUCCUUGACAGCGCUUCCUUACCACCUGGUCCAAAGUGGCUGUCUCGACAUUCUGGCUUCUCUCCUGACUGACCUGAGAGUCCUGAGCGCUCAUGUCCGGCUGGGCCUCCUCCCCUUCCUCUCAGAAGCCUAUGCGCUCUAUGAGGGUGCCGUUGGCUCGGAACACGAUGAGACCGUGGACGCUUUCCGUGCCUUCUUGCAAAGGAAUAUUGACCUGAUUUCCCAGAAUCCUUGGCUGCUUCUGCAACAGGCUGCGAAUGAACCAGACUCCUCCGCUCUCUGUUCGCAAGCCCAGGCUGAGCUGUGCGGAAAUGGAAGGCAUUUCCUGAAGUGGAUUAACAAACCUCAGGAAGCCCAAGAGAACGUGAGCCUCGUUCUGCCUCUACCAGCCACACCAUCUAGUGCCUCAGUUUCCCCCUCUGGAAGCCUGGCUGCUGUGGGCACUGUUGAGGGAACCCUCCACUUCUUCGAUAUGAAGACUGAGCAGGAACUGAAAUCCUUGCUGAGCAACUAUGAUGGAAUCUCUGCCUGCGUGUUCCUGUCAGAGACGUCUGUCUGCCUCGGUACCUUCGAUGGACGGUUGGAGCUCUGGAGCGUGAGGGAAGGAUGCAGGCUCAUGGGCAUGGAGGCUCACAAGGCCCAGAUUACAGACUGCUGCACCAAUCCUGACCUCCGACUGUUGGCUACUGUCUCCCUGGAUGGCUACAUUAAGCUCUGGGAGUCGGCCCGAGGUCACAUGAUAUGUGAGCGAGACUGCUCACAUCCCUUGAACUGUGCGGCCUUUCACCCUGUGGGUCAGCUGGUGGCUGCAGGAGGGUGGAAUAGGACUGUCAUCAUUCUGGACGUGAAUGAUAUGAGCGUGGUCUCGGAGUUAAAAGGCCACGACGCGUCCAUCUGUUGCAUUUCCUUCUCCUCUGCUGGCAACGUUUUGGCAGCCGGGUCUCUGGCUGGAACCGUCUGUCUCUGGUCGUGGCGGGAAGCUGUCGCCUUGUGCACUUUCACGGCUCACUCUGGCUGUGUCGCCACCGCUCAGUUCCUCCCAGGGGGGAAGCUCAUCACUGCAGGAGAAGACAGCAAGGUCCAGCUUUGGACUGGCCACUUGGGACAGCUCUGGAGCACCUUACAGUCCUCGGCCCUUUCUGCUGCUCUGUGCACGGCCCCCAGUCCGGACGGCAGACAGCUCGCUGUUGGGUACCACUCCGAUGACGUCUGGGUCCAUCACCAGCCGUGGCGAUCUGGCGUCGACCCAACACACUGCGGAGCGAGCGGGGUGGCUGUCUGCAGCCUGGCUUGGUUGGACAGCCUCUUCCUGGUUGGGGGCAGCAACAGCGGCUCGCUGUGCAUCUGGAACACCUCAGACCUCCCUCCCUCGUGCCUCCGUACGCUUCAGGGUCACGACGGAGCUGUGACAGGCCUUGCGGUCUCCAAGAACCUGAUGGCAUCGACUUCAGAGGAUUUCACCAUCCGUCUGUGGCUCACAGAGACCCUGAGACCCGGCCUGGCCACGGACACCAGCGUCUCCCCACUCGCUACCCUUCAGGGUCACACUGCUGGAGUUACCUGCUGUGCUUUCAGUCCUGACGGGUGCUACCUUGCCACUGGAGGCAAAGACCGGGCCUUGUUUCUCUGGGACGUGAGGGACUCCUCCCGGAAGACCCCCUUUCUCUGGCGCUCCCUGCCUUUCUGCCACCAAGACUGGAUCUCCACCUGUGCCUGGGCAGGCCCCAUGUUGCUGUCUGGUUCCAACGACUGCACCGUUUGCCUCUGGGAUCCCCAGACUGGCAAACGCCUCCGGGUGUUCCUGGGUCACCAGAGCCCCGUCUGCGGGGUUACAAGUGAGAACGAUCAUGUGAUCUCCGUGGAUAGGGAAGGGAUGCUGGUGGCGUGGGACCUCCGGGGAGUGGAGAAAACCCGGUUCCUGGCUCAUCCGGGUCGGGCCAACCACUGUGCUGGCUUCAGGGAUCCAAGGGAAAAAGCAUUUAUGUUGGCUGCUGCUGGCUCUGAUGGGACCGUGAACCUUUGGAAGCCCCUGGUGAUGGAGCAACCCCAAGUCUUUUCUGGGCACUCGGCUGCUGUUUGCGGUGCUGCUGCUGUUUCUCCCACGUCUUCCUCUUUCCUGACGAUAGCUAAAGACAAAACAGCCCGGCUGUGGGCCCUUCAGAAGAGAGAUGGUGAUGUCAAAGUCCUCCCGCAGCCUUGUGGGGUCAUCAGAGCCGUGGCCUGGUCCCCAACGGGGGAGUUUGCUGUGUCCGGUGGGGAACGGGGAGAGCUGACGCUGUGGCAGGAAGGCAAGGUGGUGGCAACAGCAAAGGUUGGCUCUUGCUGCAUCACCGCCUUGGCCUUCACCUCCUCCCACACGGUCCUUGUAGCCGCCGGUGGAAUCAGCCUCUGGAACAUAAACCCCAGUGGAUGCGGAGACGGGACAGUUGGUUUGGCACACAGGCAGCUUCUCCAGUCGGCAGUGAAGCCUUCAGUGGUCUGCGCUUGGAUGCCCCAUCCUGGUGGAUCUGUAGUCCUAGGUCUGGCUGAUGGAGACUUUUCGCUGCUCAACCCCAAAGCCAAGGAUUUCUGGAACAGCAGGAGCAGAGAGGACCCCUGGGUUUCCUUUGGCAAGGAGUACUUCGACGUCUCUGCAUCCGAGGAGGGCAUCCUUCACCUCUGGUACACAGAUUACCUUGGGCAGUUCAUAAUGAGGAUUAUCGAGUCAGCAGAUGAGCUGGACUCGGCAGAUCUGUGGAAGAUGGAGGUCAUACAUUGGGAACAAGAAAGGGCAUCGAUCUGGGUCACCGUGGCUCGGCUGGUCAAGGAUAAGUUCUUGUUCUUCGCGGACAGUGAAGGAGGCCUGUGGACUCAGACCCGGUGGGAGGGACCGAAGGACCCAUUCUUACCUGAGUGGGUGCUUGACAGGCAGCAGAGGAGAAAGAUUCACAACAACAAAAUUACAGCUCUCCAUAUCCUUGGAGACAAGAUUGUAACAGCAUCCCAUGACCGGGAUGUGAAAAUCUGGGAGAGCAGCACAAUGAAGCUGCUGGGUCAGUUCCGAUGCCACGCCCCCAUCUCCCACCUUGAACCUUGUCCUCUGUUGGACCCACCUCUCUUCCUCAUGGGCGACACCCUGGGCAACAUCUACUUCCUGGAAUGGAGCAGCCUCAGCGCUUGAGAGGGAAGAAGAGACGCUCCAGCUUUUUCUUCCUUGCAUGAGCUACAAUUCCGGCUGACGACCGCAUUCCGGAGCCAGCCAUUCCGUGCUUCCAAGUUGGAAGGGUGAACGUAAAACACAUUCAAGUCCUGCAUCUUGGUUGAUUUGGUGGUGCGUUUUGUGUUGGGGCCAAACAGCUCGAGAACAAAGAUGAGAUGAAUAAAGUUAAUAUGCUGAAAGCAGCAGUGGUGGAAAUGUUUGGUCUCCGACUGCUGCAGUUCUUAGUGUCGGGUUUGUGCCUCGUUGUUCUCCUGCCUGUGGCCUGCCUUGGUUUAGCUUGUGUGGAGAGUAGAAUGGCACUGUAGGAAACUGAUGUGCUAGUGACCGAUUAUAUGAAUGGGGUUGCCUUGCAGUCAAAAUGCAAUAAAGUCUACAGCAAUUGAUGGGCAGAAAAUUCAAGACCCAGGCAUUUC